AUGCCACCAAAGGGAUGGAGAAAGGAUGCUCAAGGGAACUACCCAAGCACGUCAUAUAUGAAGGAGCAAGAGAACGUCACGAUCGAGGAUUUACUCUUCCCACGUAGUGUGAUCACCAGUCUUGCCAAAGAGGUAGCACAAUAUGGACAGGCAGAUGGAGAGGCCGAGAAACGUCUAGUGAUUAAUAAGGAUGCAGCCAUUGCUUUGCAACGUAGUGCCACGAUAUUUGUGAACCAUCUGUUGCUAUUUGCUAGAGAGAUCGCAAGAGAACAAAAUAGACGUAGUUGUAGUGCCGAUGACAUUUUGGCGUCGGUGGAAUAUAUUGGAUUACCUGGUCUAAGAAAUAUUAUUAUGGAUAAAAUGUUAGGAUAUCAGCAAGCUCAGCGUAUUUUGGCUGUACAUAGACAACAACAACAGAAGACAACCGACGAUGGUGGGGACAAUGACAGCCAAGGAAAGGAAGAGGAAGCAGAUGAUAAUGUUGAAGAUGUUGAAGAAGAAGGUGUUGAAGAAGAAUUGCAUGAAACUGAAAAAGAUAUACCAUCAAAAAAAUUGAAACAUGUAGAAAGUAAUGAAGAGGACCAGAUUGCAGCCACAGCUACAACUACAAUUACAAUCCCAGGUCAAUCAGGGACAGAUAUAUCUGAAGAACCCAACUCAGCAGUUAAAUCCAGUAUAUGA